CAUUUGCUCUUGCGUCCGUGGCUGCAAAACCUCGGCCGAGCCUGGGCUACUUUAAAAACCAGAUUAUUCGCGUCCCCAGGCGCUCGUUGUGGUGCCGCAGCUCUGCGGGGGUGUCCGGGAGCCUCCCCGGCGCUCUCCCCAGCUCCUUCCCCUCCCAGCCAGGGCCGGCCGGGCGCGGGGCGGGCUCGGAGCCUCUGCUCGGCCACGGGCUCGGCUUUUGUCACGUCCCCGUGGCUGGGACGGCGACAGGGAAGCCGCGUCUGGCUGGGGCCGGCACCGCCCGCGGCUGCUGCCCAGCGACGCCUCAGGAAGUGAGAUCAGCUCGGGCCGGGCCGGGCUGCGGGUCCCAGCGGAGCCGGGCCGGGCCCGCUCCAUUCCCGGGGCCCGCAUCGCUGCCAUGGGCCAGGCCAGGCUCCCGGCUCCCCGCGGGCUCAGCUGCUGCGUGCUGGUGCUGCUGCUGCUCCUGGGCGGCUCGGGCAGCCCCGGGACAACGCCACCGCCCCGGGCGCCCUGGGCAGAGGAGCAGGGAGCCGUCCCGGAGGGGGGACCCUGGGGCAGGGUGAGGUACGAAACCGUGAAGAAACAUCUGGGAGCUGUGAGUGCUCUCUCCAAGCAGUAUUGGCAGUACCUGGCGUGCAAGGUGUGGCAGGAGGGCUGCGAGGAGGAGGAGAAACAGCAAGAAGAGCGAGAGGCCAGUCCCAUCCCAGGCUGGGGCUUUCCUCUGGUGGGCCAGGAUUACCUGGAGAUCCUCUCUGCCUGGUAUUGCAGUUUUGGCAAGUGCUGUGAGACAGGAGACUGCAGGAUAAUCAACAACAUCACAGGGCUGGAGGCAGACUUCAGUGGGCAGCUCCAUGGGCAGCACCUGGCUAAGGAUGUGGUGGUGCAGGCGGUGCAGGGGUUCCUGCAGAACCCACGGCCCCGCAAGGCUCUGGUCCUGUCCUUCCAUGGCUGGUCUGGCACAGGGAAGAACUUUGUGGCUCGGAUGGUGGCCAGUCACCUGUACCGGGACGGGCUGAGGAGUGACUGUGUCAGGGUGUUCGUGUCCCUCCUCCACUUCCCACAUCACAACUACGUGGACUCCUACAAGGCCCAGCUGCAGAGGCAGAUCAGCGAGACCCUGCAGCGCUGCAGGCAGGCCCUGCUCAUCUUCGACGAGGCUGAGAAGCUGCACUCCAACCUCCUGGAUGCCAUCAAGCCCUUCAUGGCUCAACACGGCAGCAAGGGCCAGGUGGAUCAGCAGAGAUCCAUCUUCAUCUUCCUCAGCAAUCUUGGUGGCAACACCAUCAAUGAGGUGGCCCUGGACUUCUGGCGAGCCGGCCGGGCACGGGAGGAGAUCUCCUUGGAGCUCCUGGAGCAGCGGCUGCGGCUGGAGCUGCAGGAGGCUGCAGAGAACAGUUAUGCCCACAGCCAGCUCCUCAGAGAGAACCUGAUUGAUUUCGUGGUGCCGUUCCUGCCUCUGGAGUAUCACCACGUGAAGCUCUGUGCACGGGAUGCCUUCCUGGCCCGUGGGCUUCCCUACACCGAGGCAACGCUCGACCAGGUGGCCCAGAUGAUGGUGUUUGUCCCCAAAGAGGAGAAGCUUUUCUCUGCACAGGGCUGCAAAUCCGUGCCCCAGCGCAUAAAUUAUUUCCUUCCUUGAACACCAGGGGGACCAGACCUGUGCUGAAGUUGGUUCUGCACUCUAGGAGCUGCUCUCUUGACACAGGGUCAGAGGCAGAUGACCCAGCCAGGCACUUGCACAGGGACUUACCAGAGACUUAAACUCCCCAUUACUCCCAGAGCUGUUGCAGCGAAGGAGGUGCAUCCCUUACUCCUGGAAUAUGGGGACAGCCUGUGCUUGGCUGCUUUUGGAGCCUGUCUGAUGUUCUAAGUCCCUUAUUUUAGCUGGAGGGGUGAUGUGGUUCUGCUGACAGAUGCUGUUCCAUGUGAGUGGGGACUGGGAAUGUCCAAGUUCUUGGUUUGUUGCUGUGUGGAGAAGGGAGGCCUUGGACAGGCUGGUUCUGUUGGGACAGUGUGGCCGAAGCCACAUCCCCAUCCCCAUUUUUCUCUGUCAUUUUACUAGAUCACCCAGAACUCUUUUGCUGGAGUUGAGUUUUUUCCCUCUGUUGCUCUCAUGCCUGUCUAUGGUGUCUGCUGCUCAGGGACCCACGGGCCAGGAUCGUAGUCUGUGCAGGGAGAAAAAGACUGAAUAAUUUCCUCUGGAGAUGCCAAAUCCAUAGCUCUCACCUUGGAGUGUCCACUUCUUCCGUUGUAUGGAAGCAGCUGCGGGGAUGAGGGGAACUUCUGCUGCAGUUAUUUUACUAAGCAGGUUGGUGAAGAGCCCGUUUCCUUCACUGCGAAACCAAAAAACGGAAGAGAACUCUUCUGCCCAAAGGUGAAGGGCAGGUGAGGAGGAUGGUAGCUGAAGCAUCAGGCUGCAGCUGAACGUGAGUUUUCAUGGAUGCAGUAAAAGCUUGGUUUUUUUCCUUUUUUUGUUUUUCUCUUCAGUACAUUUCAUGCUGUGGCUUUUUGGCUGGUAUCAGCAUUAUUAUUAUUAUUUUUUUUUUUUUUUUUUUUUUUUAUUAGUAUUAUCACAAGGGGCUGUUUGCUGUCGGGUACUCGCCAGGUGAUAAGUGUGUUGCAGCAGCUCCAAAAAAUUUCAUCAGUGUUACAGGAAUCACUCUGUGACCUCUGGGUCAAAACUCCCUUCCAACGGGGCUGUGCUGGCAAGGAGUGAAACAUCCCCUGCCAAGGACAGGGCUGGGCUUCCCAGCCACCCCCACGAAGGGACCUUUGAUCUAUUUUAAGCUCUGACCGAUUUUGCGGUGCCAGUGCUGAGCAGUGUGACCUCUGGGAAAGAUUGACCAGGCAGACACGUCCGAGCCCUGCAGACUUUGAGUCCCUGCUUCCCUCCAGUCAUGCUGGCUCCGUUAUCUCAGGAGGCUUCACAGUCCAAGGCGGAGAUGAGCCAGCUGCUCUCCCACUGCUCAGCUAGUGCAGGUGGCUUAGCCCUGCUGUGUGGAAUGGACCUUUGGGCUGUGCCAGGAUCAGGCAUUUCUGAGACUUGGUUUAUGGUUAAUUCAGGUGUCAGAAACCUGGGAACCAUCGGGGUGACGCCGCCAGCUGGGGCAGGGAGGCUGCUGCCUCACAGGACACAACUGGGUGUGUGUUUGGGCACCUGGGCAGAAAGUUCAGCAAGCUGUGUGCUGAAGGUUAGUAGCCAAAAGGUUGUGUGUGCAAGCCAGGAUAACCCGGGAUUUUUUCUAAAUGUCAAGAAGUGUUCAGCUGAGGGAGGUGGUGGAGACAUUGAGGAGGGCAAGGCAAGAGCUGCACUCUGCUGGAUCACGAGCAUGUGUGUCACAUUUGGGUCAGCUCUGACCAGCCCCACAACAGCAAGAGCUGCUCUCUUACCGUGCCAGGGCAACAGUUUGGUUCUAAAUAGAUACUGCAUAAAUAAAGAUACUGAUUUUCUUGCAACCUG